CCUUAAUUUAUCAGCACUUUCGGUGGGUCUUGCUGAAAAGUGGUGCCUUGAUCCCACAACACAGUCACGAGGAGAGCUCCAGCUGCCGCCGAGGGGGCUGGGGCCGGGGCUGGGGCUGUCCCCGGACGUGCCAGCACCGGGCUGGCCGUGUCCCCGUCCCCAGGCACGCGGGCCGGGCAUUCCUGGGGGGCCGGGCGUGCGGGGCUGCCGGGGCCGGCCCCAGCCCCCUAUAUCAGCCCUGCCCCAGCCCCUAUAUCAGCCCUGCCCCCGGCAGCGCCGGCACAGUGACAGCGACAGACCCUGCCCCUGCCCAGCCAUGGAUGACAUCUACAAGGCAGCGGUUGAGCAGCUGACAGAAGAGCAAAAAAAUGAGUUCAAGGCUGCCUUUGACAUCUUCGUGCUGGGGGCAGAGGAUGGCUGCAUCAGCACCAAGGAGCUGGGGAAGGUGAUGAGGAUGCUGGGGCAGAACCCCACCCCUGAGGAGCUGCAGGAGAUGAUAGAUGAGGUGGAUGAAGAUGGCAGCGGCACCGUGGACUUCGAUGAGUUCCUGGUGAUGAUGGUGCGGUGUAUGAAAGACGACAGCAAAGGAAAAACCGAGGAGGAGCUCUCAGACCUCUUCAGGAUGUUUGAUAAAAAUGCUGAUGGCUACAUCGACCUUGAGGAGCUGAAGAUCAUGCUGCAGGCAACAGGAGAGACCAUCACUGAGGAUGACAUAGAGGAACUGAUGAAAGAUGGGGAUAAAAACAACGAUGGCAGGAUUGACUAUGAUGAGUUCCUGGAGUUUAUGAAGGGGGUUGAAUAAAUCUGAGGCCAGAUGGACAGCUUGAAUCUCCUAAACCCUCCAGCUCUGCAUCUCAUCUCCUUGACUCAGUCCCCUGGCUACCAGCAUGAAGACUGAGUGCUGAGAAGGGUGGCCAGGGGGAAAUAAAACCUGUUAAUACCCAGUG